AAUUGACCCUAAUAAAAUACCCCAUUUCAAAAUAUAUACCCUCCACUAAUUUAUACAAAUUAAUUCCACUAUUACUCAUUUGUACCCAAAAUACCCCUCAAAUUUAAUUUUCCUAUUCUUUCUCUCUCUUUCCGUCUUUCCCUCUCACUCUCUCUUUCUCUCUCUGUCGUUUGCUAUUCCCUCUCUUUCCCUCUCUGUCGUUUACAUCUUUCGAACGUUACUCCACGACGACGACCCAACGACCCAACGACCCAACAACGCAGUCCACGACCACGACCCCAGUCCGGCCACCCACGACCCUGACCCUGACCCAACCCUCACGCAGUUCACACUAUUCUCGUUCUCUCUUUCUCUCUUUCUCUGCCUAUUGCUCUCGACAUUGGAACCCAACCCACCCACACCCACGGCCGACAUUGGAACCCAACCAAUUUUCAGAGGUCGUAGCCACGAACCAGAACAGAGGUCGUCCCCAAAACCACGAACAGUCAAAGAUGGCUCCCAGACUCAUUAUUCCAGCACCCGAGCAUUUCACUGGUCGCGUCACAUAUAGGGGCACUGGAAUUUUUGCAAAAAUUAAAGCUCGGUUUGAGGAGUUCAACCUUAACAACACGGCGAAGGAAAGCCGUUUCGGGAGCUUCUGGAAUGCCGUACCACUGACAUUCUCCUCGGUGUUAUUUCACCAGCUGAUGCUCCACAAAAUGAAAGUGGAUGCUCAGGAGGAGUUGAGGAUGAGGUUUUAUGUUGGUCGAAAGGAGGUCCGAUUCGGGGUGCUGGAGUUUGCACUCAUUACGGGUUUGGACUUCUCCUCGGGGCCAACAGAAGAGGAGAAGGCUGCGCAGGUCGCGCGCUCGGGGUCAGACCGAUUGAUCAACAAAUAUUUCAACCGGUCUGAUAGUGUGAAGACAGAAGCACUCCAACUUCAGUUCACAAACUGCCAGAACCCGGAAGACUUGUACAAGCUCGGCUUGUGCUUGUUUGUGGAGUCAGUGCUUCUGGGCCGCGAGGCCAACGCGCUGAUCACGCCUCACAUACUUAGAUAUGUGGAAGACCUCGAGUUCUUCUUCCGGAUUCCUUGGGGGAAGCACUCAUUCGCCAGACUCAUGCACUCGCUUCAGAAAGACAUGGUGAAACAGAAGGCCAACUACGAGAAGAAGCUGAGUUCGGAUGUAUAUAUUUUCAGAAGGCCAACGCGCUGA